AUGCCCCUCCCACCUCACCCUUGCUGUGAUACUGCACCUCGGAAGCCUAACCUCACGUUUGUCUCCCCGCGCCAGGGCCUAAUCCUUACCCUUCUCCAUUCGUUCACCCGUUCACUUCCGCUCUCACGCGCCCCACACAUUCCCCCCGUCUUCUCCCCAUACCAGUCCACCCGGUCCUUACCGUCCGCCCACAUCCACAACCACCCGCCAGCCACUCCAGCCAUGGUCGCCCCCACCGCCACCGCCGCCGCCGCUGCCGCUUGGCGCGUUGUCGUGACGCGCCGCGUCGCACCCGAGGCCAUGCAGAUCCUUCGCGACGCGGCGCCGGCGCUGGAUCUAGAUGUGUGGGACAGCGAGGACCCGAUGCCGCGAGACCAACUGCUCGCGCGCCUCUCGGUGGGCGCCGAUGCCUUGUAUUGCAUGCUCACGGACAAGAUCGAUGCCGCCGUCCUGGACGCGGGCGGCGAUCGCCUCAAGAUGGUGUCGACCAUGUCGGUGGGCUACAACCAUAUCGACACGUCGGAAUGCAAGCGGCGCGGCGUCGUGCUGGGCAACACGCCGGACGUACUCACGGAAACCACCGCCGAUACGACCGUCGGGUUGGUGCUGGCGGCGUGUCGCAGGUUCAAGGAGGCGACAGCGUCGGUCGCAGACGGGACGUGGGGCACGUGGAAGCCCAACGGCAUGUGUGGGCCGGAUGUGUAUGGCGCGACCGUGGGGGUGAUUGGACUGGGGCGGAUUGGGGCGGCCGUGGCGAGAAGGCUCCGGGCGUUUAGUUGUAAGAUUUUGUAUACUGGGCGUGCCCCGAAGCCGGAGUUUGAAGAGGUGUUGGACGCCAAGUUUGUGAGGUUGGAGGAGCUGCUGGCAGAGGCGGAUAUUGUGAUUCCGUUGUGUCCGUUGAAUGAGAGCACGAAAGGGAUGUUUGACAAGAGUAAGUUCAGGGCGAUGAAGAAGACGGCAGUGUUUAUUAACGCGGCUAGGGGGGAGCUGGUGAAUCAAGAGGACUUGUGCGAAGCUUUAACUGAGGGGGAGAUCUUUGCAGCAGGGUUAGACGUGACGACGCCCGAGCCACUGCCGACGGAUAGCCCGCUGAUCAAGUGCCCCAAUUGCUUCAUUUUACCCCAUAUUGGAAGCGCGAGUAAGGGCACCAGGACGGCCAUGGCGACUCUAGCGGCAAAGAAUCUGGUGGCGUCAUAUAAGGGAGAGGAGUUACCGAGUGAGGUCAAGUUGUGAAGGGGAGGCCGGAAUAAAGGUAGUGGAGCUUGUGUCAUUGUAAACAAAGGCACAAAACGGAGCGACAGACGGAGUGUGAUGGAGAGGCAUCUGAAGUAGUUAUUGAUUGUGUCGUGCGCAGCAGGCCGGGAAAGCUGUGGGAGGAAAAGGAGAAAGCAGGUGUUGGGUGCGUCGCGUGCGGCCAUUCAGAUACGGUGGGUUCAAGGUUGUGGAAUGUAGUCAGUAUGUUUUAUGGCGAGGGCAUGGGGUGAGGUGUCCAGAAGGUGUAGUCAUAAAACAUGAGUGUAGGGUUGCGUGUGAGGAAUACCCUUCGAAGGGUCGGUAACGUGGAGGUAAGGUCUAGGCUUUCUCGAUGUUAGGGGGUUAGGGGGGUGGAAUAAGACAGGGGGCGAAGGAACUGCGGCUUUCCAACUAACAUGAGUCUGCUAUGGAAGCGGAUUGCGUUGGCAGUCAACGUGAGGCGGUGUUAACGUUGGGCGGCAUCAGCGAUAUUUACGAUGACGCUUUGGUGCGGGCGCAGUGUGCCCAAUGUGGAGGUGGAGCGAGGUGCGGACCAACGGGUAUCGUUAGAAAAGUUUAAGAAACAGUGUGUGAGGAGCAGGGUAUGCCGCUGAAUAGAGUCUGAAAACGGAGUUUAUUUUUGUAAUAAAUAAAGGGGGGCGUUCAGGGGUGGCUGUGUAAA